AUGGCAAAUUACUGCAACAAUUACUUUUCUAGGAUUGGUCUAGAUAUGGCAAAAAAAAAUCCAGAUACAGACGAACCAUACGAGUUGAAAUACCCCAAUCCACAUUCUCUUUUUCUAUUCCCAAUAAACAGAAAUGAUUUAAUUACUCACAUCUCUGCAUUAAAAACAAACAGUGCUCCUGGAUACGAUGGUAUACCAACACAUAUAAUUAAAAAAACUCAUCUAGAGAUCCUUAUACCUCUAACCCAUAUCUUUAAUUUGUGCUUUGAAACAGGGACAAUUCCUACUCACUUUAAAUCCACAGUAAUAGUUCCUAUACAUAAAAACGGACCGAAAACAAACAUAAAAAACUAUCGUCCCAUAAGUCUGAUAAACGGUUUUGCCAAAGUAUUUGAAAAAUGUCUAAAACAAAAAUUAAUUGAAUUCUUAAAUCAG